GUUACCACGGAAAUUGUAAACAGUGAGGCUACGAGGAGGGAUACUUGUGGAGAUUGUCGGUGGUGCAUACAUUACAAUCAGUCAUGGCAGAUUCACCAAAUAGGUCUAACGUGGUUUCACCAAAUUCAGAGGGUUCUGGAAAGAAAUCUAGACAAGAUGGAUCAAGACAGUCAGGGAGAGUCACUUUUCCCAACUCAGCUAAAUCAGUAUCAACAGUUCUGUCAGAUGAACUUGUUUCUCAGGGCAACCCUUUCAAAAUGCCAGCAGAUAGUGAUAUUUUUGUUUUACGAGACAAAGAGAGGCAACGCAAAAAGCUGGAACGAGAAAAACAGAGAAAACUAAGAGUCCAUGAGAAGACCACAUACGCAUCCAAAGUUAACUUUCGCACAGCCUCAAUGAUAAAACCAGCUGAUUCAGAUGAAGAAAAGGAGAUGGAGGACUCAGACAAAGCUAUUGCUGUCAAAGAUGACCCAGAACACACAAUUGCAGUCACCAGAGAUCGGCAUGUGGAAAAAGAAUCUUUAGCAGAAUACAUUGCCAAGAAGAGAGAGAUGUUCUUAGUUCAAUAUUCUCUGGGAGUGAAAAGAAAUGAAAUGAGUAAGCUGGAGGAGAUCUCCCAGGCAGAGGAAAAGAAACUGGACCUUGCAGAACUGUAUCUCCAGGAAGAUGCAGCCAUGUUUGAUGAAUUCCUCAAAGAAAAUGACCACGGCUCAAAUGAGGCAGUCCGAGAGGCCGAAAAUGAAACAAAAGCAAAAUUAGAAAAAGUUGCAGAAAUAAAGAAGGUCAAUGCAGCAAUGAUGGCCAUCAAAUCAGAAAUUUCCAAAUAUGAGGACACAUUAAAGGAAUACCAUAUGUACAGGAAAUUUCUGGACAAUCUUACACCCCAGGAUUGGCGAGAUAAGAAAGAAAGGCAGAAAAGAAAAAGGAGGGAGGAGAAGAAGAAAGCAAAGGAACAAGAGAUGAUUGCAUACAAGAAAAGUCUACUGGAGGCUGACCCAAAGGACUUCAAAGCCAAGAAGAAGAUGGCACCAAAACCUGCCCCUGUCCCUCCCGGCAAAGCAGGUCCCCCCAGUAAAAAGCCAGAAGAAGUGGAUCUCGAGGAGGAUGAAGAUGAUGAGAGUGAUGAGGAUUUGGAGUUAUAUUUUUCACAUCCUCAAGAAUUGUUGGACAUUUUUGCCGAUUUAGAAGAACAAAACUUAUCUCUUAUCCAAAACAGUCAAGAAACUGAAGAGGCAUUAGAAGAAAUGAAGCAAACAAUUAAACAAACAAAAGUCAAAAUGGAAAAAGAGACUUCAAUACUGAAGGAACAAAUUGACAAAUUAAACUCACAGAUUAAUAAAGAGGAAACGAAAGCAGCAGAAUUAAAAACCAAAGCCAGAUUAUUUUCCUAUGGUGAAUUCAAGGCAGAAGAUCAGCAGAAGAUGUUGGACUCACUGAACUCUCGAGUAGAGGAAGUUUAUCGAUCUUGUAUCGGUGACAAUGAGGCAAACAUUAGCACAUUACAGAUGUUAACUAAUAUAGAAAAUAGGUUAGAGGAAUUAUUUGAAAUGAUAGAAACAAUGCCACAAGACAAAGUGGAGGCCGCCGAAAAGGCCAAGGACAAGGAGAGGCGGUUAAAGCUGAGGGAGGAGAAGAUCGAGCAGCAGAGGCUUCACCAGGAGGAGAGGGUGCGGAAGGCCCUAGAGCGAGCCAAGGCCGAGCCAAAGAAACAGACGGGUCGAAAACUGGUGUUCCGGUCCGAGCCUCCACGUCACAAGAAGCGGGAGGAUGACGGAGCGGAUCAAGCGUCUAGAGAGGAGGAAGAGCUGGCUUAUUUCUUCCAGUACUGAGCAAAAUUAUCAUGUCGCGAUCGUCACUUAGAUUCAGUGGGAAAUUGGUGUCUUGCCAUCAACUUGAUGAAAAUUUAGCAAAUACUUUUUUUGGAGCUACGUGUAUAAAGAACGAUGAACUGUCAGUUUGUGCUUCUAACGCAAUCUAAAGCACUUGUAUACAUAUGUCUGUGAUAGCAAUAAAUAAUGAGGUAACAACA